AAUCUAAAAGUUGUCGCACGUGGGAGUCUGCAGACACGGCUCUGGGAGUCUAGGAGUCGUCGGAAUCUCUCUCAAUCGCCGGAUUGCAUGUGCCGAUCAUGCCCGAUGUGUGCAUGUUUCCGUUGCGCAUGAAUGAAUAAGUAAAGUGAACGACACCUGCUACGGAAGACAAUCAUAGACAACUACAGCAGAACUUCUGGCAAGGCGCGUUUUUUUCUGCAGUGCCUUCGAAAGUCUGGAAAUGGCAACAGAGGGAGGUUCUCUGACUGUAUGCUACUACAAAUGGGACCAGAGUGACCUGAAGCACACUGCCAUUGACACCACCCUGUGCACUCACCUGAUCCUGGGUUUCUCAGAGGUGGCAGACGGCGUUUUGAGCAAAGGAUCAACAGACGGAGACGCAUCUUACCAGGCUGUGGCUAGCCUGAAAGAGAAGAACCCUGCCCUGAAAGUUAUGCUCUCAGUGGGUGGAGGAGGGAAUGCCCAUGGGUUUCAUAGCAUGGUUUCUGAUGCUUCAAACACCGACAGGUUCGUGGCGUCUGUCGUGGAGACUUUGAGAAGGAAUGACCUGGAUGGUAUUGAUAUUGACUGGGAGUUCCCAAACAACAUACGGAAUGGCAAACUCUACUUCACAAGGCUCUUACAGAGGUUAUACAGUGCAUUUGAUCAAGACGCAAAGCUUUCCGGCAAGCAAAGGCUCAUUCUCUCUGCCGCCGUGGCUCCUCAGAGCAUGAUUACGAAUGGCUCCUACAAUGUUCCAGAAAUUGCAAAGGUGGUUGACUUCAUCAACCUGAUGACCUAUGACCUUCAUGUCUUCAAUUGGUACUUCCCAUUUGCUGGACACAACAGCCCACUGUUUUCUAGGAAGAAAGAAGUGGGCUAUCUUGCCACUCUAAACUUGAAAUCUUCAACAAAGCUGUGGGUCUCCAAAGGAAUGCCCAAGUCGAAGAUUGCGGUGGGCGUACCCACCUAUGGCCUCUCGUGGCGACUGUAUCACAAGGUUUGGCAUGGAGUCUCGUGCCCCACCUUGGGAAAAGGGCAAGGGGGUGGCUAUGUCACAUAUCCUGAUGUUUGCCAGUUUCUUGCAAACGGUGGGAAGCGUGUUUUUGACAAGCAGUGCAAAGUCCCGUAUGCAUUCAACAAGAAACUGUGGAUCAGCUACGACGAUGUGGAGAGCCUGGAAUUGAAGGCAAAAUGGAUUAGAUCUGAAAAUUUUGGAGGAAUCAUGACAUUCAGCCUGAAUUGUGACGACCACAGGGGUGCCCACUCUGAGAAUGCCGUCACAUUCCCCCUUCAUCGAAAGAUCAAAGAAGUGUUUGAAAUGCCAUCUCUGGACUAGUGGAUGUUGAUCACCUGUCUACAUUUGUCUCCCCAUGAAACUCAUAAUGCAUCAGCAGAAAUGCCCAAGCUGCAGUAAUACAUUGGUCAGGUCUUGUUCAAAGGGGGAAACACUAUCUAUGAUGUAACAUAACAUGAGGAGUGCCUGUAGAACACAAUCUUUCAUUUACGUCAUGUUCUUAAAAGAUUUAUAUUUUCAAAUGUACUGGCUCAAAGUAUUUUUAUACAUUUGUUUUUUAUUUACUAAAGAAAAAAGUCAGAAUUAAUUUUAAAGAGUAGAGGUGUUUAUUGACAUGUUAAUUAAUCAGUUUGUCACAGUAAGGAGAAUUUGGAGGUGAUUAUAGAACAUCGGCUGUAUUUAAGAAUUGAGAGAUACCUAGAUGGAUAUUUUAUGGCUUUCCAUGCAAAAUCAACAUAGUUUGCUGCAGUUGGGAUUUGAUACUUACAUAGUUGAGGGAGGCUGAAGAGACCAAGCUUUUCACUGUGUGUCAUUGCAGCUUGCUGGAUUUUUUGCUGCUCGCUUGUUUAGUCGGAUGCACUUUCCAUUCUUUUUUCAUACCUCUUGCAGUGCUUUAGAUAUCCAAGAAAUGGUUUAAAUGAGUAUUCAUGCAUGUGGAAACUCGGUGUACUAUCAUUUCAUUCUUUUUUACUUCAGUGGCCCACUCUCUCUGUAGUUAUGGACUUGUGUUAUGGUAAUUUGCCUCCCUGUAAAACCAAAUGCAUUAUCAGUACGGGUGUGGGAAUACAGGUUCUAGUCGAAUAGCACUGUGUCAUUUGUAAUCAUAACCUUCACAGUGGAAGGGAAAGCCACAACAGCAGGUUAAUAAUUGUUGAAGCUAAGGAUUAUGAUGCACUAUUCGUUUUGAACUGGUAUUCACACAUCUCUGAUUAGCAGAUAUGUCAAAACUGCAGUAAUGGAUUGGUGAAAUUAAUAGAUGCAAUUUUACAUUGGUCUGAGCAAUGCCUGGAGAACACCAGCUUUCAUUUUUAAUAUCUCCCUAAGGUUUGUUGUUUCUUUAGAUCUCCAAGUUCGAAGUAUUUUUAUGCAUUUUGUAUUUACAAAGCAAACAAAUCAGAACAAAGGUUUUUAAAGGUAGAGGGGUUUUAUUGACUUGUUACCUAAUAAUUUAGCCACGGUUGCUCAUUGUGCGGAAUGGCAUUUGAGUGAAUUAUUCCUCAGGGCAUUAAAUGACCAUGCAUGUAGAGGUGUUGCUUAUGCAUUUGCAUGUUUGCUUUUAUUUUUGUCAACUCACUGCCGAACAAGCGUGUUUAUUGCGCUAGGUGUGUACAUUUAAUCUAUAAAUUAAUCUUAGACAAGAGCAUAGGGUUCAAAGAUAAUUGCAUGUUAUAUUUCACAUCGCAUUUUGUUUUGCGUGUGAAACCAGCUUUAUUAUGCCUAUGGGCCAAAUAUUUUCGGCUAUUGAUGUCCCAUGAAAUAAAUGGCGACAAGGGAGCAAUAUGUUUCUCAAAUUUGAAAUAAAAGUGAAUGUUUAUUUGCA